AUGAAGUUUUCCGCCAUUUUUGCCAUUCUAACACUGGCCAGCGCCGCGGCUGCGGCCCCGGCCGAGUCCAGUACCCACCAAGAUGCCAACAACAUCAUUAUUAGGAACGACGUCAAUGACGGCCCAUACGACGAGAACAACAAGGCCUAUAACGGAGUGUAG